GCCCUAAUCUUGCGAACACGAUGCGAAGCUUUUACAUAUGUGUUUUGUCUUCAGCCGUCACGUUUCCCUCUCUACCAUUUUCCUUCUUUUCCGAGCCCUCCGACCCAUCGCUUCUCUGGACGAUUUCCGGGGAAUCGAGCAGGUCUUGGUGCCAAGACAGCUUUCUUUUGAGGUUUAUUUUGCUUGAAUGGCCGGUCAGAGAUACAACUCUGGUAAGCGAUCUUAUCAUCAAGUAGAUUCGACCAUGAAUGAAAAUGGCCGCGGCAAGAGGAGACAUUCAGGGGACGAAAGAGAUCAGUAUGUCCCUGGACCAGAGGACACUGUUUACCGUUAUUUGUGCCAAGGGAGGAAGAUUGGGAGUAUUAUUGGCAGGGGGGGUGAGAUUGUUAAGCAAUUGAGGGCUGAAAGUCAGGCAAAAAUUCGUAUUGGUGAAACAGUUCCAGGAUGCGAUGAGCGUAUGGUGACCAUAUUUAGUUCUCGAAAUCGGAAUAAUGAGACUGAAGCUGAGGAAGAGGAGAUGAACUUUCUUUGUCCUGCACAAGAUGCCCUUUUCCGGGUACACGAUAGGAUUGUUGCUGAUGAGACACCUGGAGAGGAAGAGUCUGACCCUGAAAACCGAAUCGUUACAGCUCGCAUGCUUGUACCUGCUGAUCAAAUUGGAUGCAUUAUUGGAAAGGGAGGGCAAAUCAUUCAGAACAUGCGAAGUGAAACAGGCGCUCAGAUUCGCAUCUUGAAGAAUGACCAGCUUCCUUCAUGUGCGAUGAACUCUGAUGAACUUCUUCAGAUAUCUGGAGACCAAUCUGUUGUUAGAAAGGCACUCUAUCAGGUUUCAUCACGUCUGCAUGAUAAUCCUUCGAGGUCACAGACCAUGCUGUUUUCAAGCACAAACAUGUAUCCUGCUGGCGGCCAGUUUAUGGGUCCUAACACACCUAACCCGAUCAUGGGCAUUGCUCCUCUUUUAGCUCCUUUUGGUGGGUACAAGGGCGAUGGUGGAGGGGAUUGGUCACUUGGAUCAUCCAAUCCCUUCUUUCCUGCUCCAGUUGUUAGGGAUGAGAAUUCUGCUAGGGAAUUUGGUCUCCGUUUGGUAUGCCCCACUGGCUAUAUUGGUGGUGUUAUUGGAAAAGGUGGUGGUAUUAUUAAGCAGAUAAGACAGGAGUCUGGAGCAAUUAUAAAAGUCGAGAGCUCUACCGCUGAAGAGGAUUGUAUAAUAUCGGUCUCAGCUCGGGAGUUCUUUGAGGAUCCUGUAUCAGCCACUAUUGAUGCUGCUGUUAGGCUUCAGCCAAGAUGUAGUGAGAAGAUUGAACGAGAAUCCGGUGAGCUUUCAUAUACCACUCGCCUCCUUGUGCCAACUGCCCGCAUAGGGUGCUUGAUCGGCAAAGGUGGGUCAAUCAUAACUGAGAUGCGGAGAUUGACGAGGGCUAAUAUUCGUAUAUUUUCCAAGGAAAAUCUCCCAAAGGUUGCUUCUGAAGAUGAUGAAAUGGUGCAGAUAAGUGGGGAGCUUGAUGUUGCUCGGAAUGCCCUGGUUCAAGUGGCAAUGCGGCUGAAGGCUAAUUGUUUCGAAAGGGAAGGUGCACUGCCUUCAUUCUCUUCUGCUGUUCCGUAUCUUCCAAUGGCAGGGGGUCCUCCUGAACCUAUAAAAUAUGGGGGAAUGACAGAUGCUAAAUCUUAUGGAAGGGGAUACUCUUAUCCUAGUGGAGGUUCUUAUGGAGGUCAUAGUGAUCUGCCCCGUUCUGAAACUUAUGAAAGCUAUGCAGGCAGCCAGGCUGGAAAUGUCGGUGGUUAUGGAUCAUAUGGCGGAUAUACAUCAGGCCGGUCAGGUAGUUCAGGGAUUUCUGGUCAAACCCCUGUUUCCCAUGGAAAACACGGUUAUUAGGGAUCCAUGCUGAUUAGGGCUUUGCAGCUGAGAUACAUGAAGCCCGGAGCCAGACCUACUGUUUUUGUCGACGAAGCCUCCAGCCUAAAACUGAAGACCAGAUGCGCAGUGUUGGUGAAACUUAUGGCCCACCCUUCCCGUCUCACCAAGCUUUACAGUCUUCAGUUCCAAAGUGAAGACCUACUUGUAACUGAGCGAGCUAUAAUAUCUGAAAGCAGAUCGUAGGGAACUUUUUCAAUUUCUGAGGCGUGUAAUUUGCUUUCCUAUCGCAGCUUUAGCCUUGCUACCGUUGUGGCGAUUGUUGAAUAACUUAGAUUAGACUUAACUGAGCUUUUCUUGUGCUGUGCCGUACUGUUAGAAACAUCGACCUUUUGUUUAGCCUUAUCUGGCCCUGGCCGACGUUUUUUGCCUAAAGAAAAAGUUCCUACAUACUUUUUUACCUAA